CCAUGGCUGAUAGUAUAGCAUAGGAAUUUGGAGUAAUUUGGAGUCACUUCCUUUGAAUUCUUCCACGUUUUAGAAUCAUUUAAUCGCAUAUCAUUAUGCCGCCAAAAAAAUCAAUGGAGGAGACGGAUCGUUUGACCCGUAUAGCGAUUGUGAAUUCUGACAAAUGUAAACCUAAACGAUGUAGACAAGAAUGUAAGAGAUCUUGUCCUGUAGUACGAAUGGGAAAACUUUGUAUAGAAGUUAAUCCAAACAGUAAAAUAGCAGCCAUCUCUGAAGAACUAUGUAUUGGUUGUGGUAUCUGUGUCAAGAAAUGUCCGUUUGAAGCGAUAUCUAUUAUUAAUCUUCCUAGUAAUUUAGAGAAGGAAACAACGCAUCGUUAUUCUAAGAACUCAUUUAAGUUACACAGACUUCCUAUUCCACGCCCUGGUGAAGUUUUAGGGCUCGUAGGAACUAAUGGAAUUGGUAAAUCGACUGCCCUUAAAAUUUUAGCUGGGAAACAAAAACCAAAUUUGGGAAGAUAUUCUGAUCCACCAGACUGGACAGAGAUUUUGAGCCAUUUUAGAGGUAGCGAGUUACAAAAUUAUUUUACAAAAAUUUUGGAAGAUGAUUUGAAGGCUCUUAUUAAACCUCAAUAUGUUGAUCAAAUUCCUAAAGCUGUGAAAGGUACUGUGCAGCAGCUUUUAGAUAAAAAAGAUGAAUGCAAGAAUCAGAUGGAAAUUUGUGAAAUGCUCGAUUUGCUACAUAUACGUGAUCGAGGUAUCGAAGCACUUUCUGGUGGUGAACUUCAACGGUUUGCUUGUGCAAUGGUAUGCAUCCAAAAUGGAGAUAUUUUCAUGUUUGAUGAGCCUUCUUCUUAUCUAGAUGUCAAGCAGCGUCUCAAUGCUGCUGUGACUAUUAGGUCUCUUAUUCAUCCAGACAAGUUCAUAAUAGUUGUGGAGCAUGAUUUAUCGGUUUUGGACUAUUUAUCUGAUUUUAUUUGUUGCCUAUAUGGAGUUCCUGGGGCAUAUGGCGUUGUUACCAUGCCUUUUUCCGUAAGAGAAGGGAUAAACAUUUUCCUCGAUGGGUUUGUUCCUACGGAAAAUUUACGAUUUCGUGAAGAAUCUCUCGUAUUUAAAGUGGCAGAAAGUGCAACUGAGGAAGAAGUGAAACGCAUGAAUCAUUACGAGUAUCCUGCUAUGACGAAAACAAUGGGAACGUUCAAGUUGAAUGUCGAGAAAGGGCAAUUUACCGAUUCGGAAAUACUCGUUUUAUUAGGAGAAAAUGGGACUGGUAAAACAACGUUUAUUAGAAUGCUGGCUGGUAAUUUACCUCCAGAUGAUGGAUCAGAAAGUAUUCCUCAAUUGCACAUCAGUUAUAAACCACAAAAGAUAAGUCCCAAAUCUCAAGGUAUUGUCAGGCAGCUAUUACACGAGAAGAUCCGAGAUGCAUACGUGCAUCCUCAAUUUGUAACUGAUGUAAUGAAGCCUUUGAAGAUUGAUGACAUUAUGGAUCAAGAAGUGCAAAAUCUUUCUGGUGGAGAGUUACAACGAGUUGCAUUAGCUCUUUGUCUAGGAAAACCAGCUGAUGUUUAUUUAAUUGAUGAACCAUCCGCAUAUUUGGAUUCCGAACAACGUUUAGUUGCUGCAAAAGUCAUCAAGAGAUUUAUAUUACACGCAAAGAAAACAGGAUUUGUAGUAGAACAUGAUUUCAUCAUGGCUACGUACUUAGCUGAUCGCGUGAUAGUAUUUUCUGGUACACCGUCUUUAGCAACCACUGCUCAUAGUCCUCAAUCUUUGUUAAAUGGUAUGAAUAGAUUUUUAGAAUUAUUGGGUAUCACUUUCAGAAGAGAUCCCAACAAUUUUAGACCAAGAAUCAAUAAGAAUCAAUCGGUAAAGGAUUUGGAACAGAAAAGAGCUGGUCAAUAUUUCUUUUUAGAAGAAUAAAAUAUACCUUGUCGUUAGUGCAAGUUGAAUGACGGCACAUAUAAGUGUUAAGGAAAUUUUUUAAUCUUUAUACUUUUUAAAUACCAGGAAUAUGAAUACACAAUAUAUUUCGUAAUAGAAUAUUGAUGCUAUACAUUCUAUGUGAUUGUCUGGAAUAUUGUUUAAUAACAAUGUUAUUUAG